AUGGCUAUUUUCUCGAAAAAUAAGAAGAAUAAGAAAGACGGGGCCCGGAACUCGGUGGUCCCAAAAGCGUUUGAAGGUGCGAAAGAUGCGCUGGUAGGUGGUGCUGGUGGUGAAGAAGGCUCGUCGCCCACUCAGAGACAGGUCAGUGGAGCGUCGACUGUCAGCAGCACCAACAGUAUGAUUAGCGGCAAUGGCAGCCAGAGUCCUCAUAAUGGUCAUGGCGCUGGUAACGUCCCCAACAUCGCUAACACUAUAUCCAAUCUGUACUCGGGACCAGGUUCAAGCGGGCCAUAUCCAGGACGAAGUCCUGGGUCGGGUUCUGGAGGUCCAAAUGGAGCAUCUCCUCAGAACAGAAACUAUCCACAAUCCGGAUCUCGAAGUAAUAGCGCUAUGUCGGGCCACGGUCCGAAUGGCAGCUCGGGAGGGGUCAGAUCGCCUCCUGGCUCCAGAAACGCUACUAGUCCUAUGGGCCAGCAGUAUCCUGGAGGCCAACAGCAAUGGGGAGGUCAGCAGCAAUGGCAGCAGUCUCCUCAACAACAACAACUUCAUCAUCAACAGAGCGUGCCGAGUAAUUUGCGAUCACAAUCGUCACCUCACCCUUCGUCACAACCACAGUACCCGUGGUCGAGACACACUAUCUCCAACUCGUCGCCCUUCCCGCGACACGGCCACGCUGCCAAUGCCGUGGCUGCUCGUGACGGCGAGGUCUUCGUUAUGGGCGGCCUGAAGGGUUCGAACGUGUUCGGCGACCUCUGGGUCAUUGAAAGUGGUAAGUCUGUUGGGGGACAGGAUGCCUCCGGCGGCCGGGCGCUGCCCGGACCCGUUUGUGCUCGCUUCGCGAGCCCCAAGGGGACAGGAUGCCUCCGGCGGCCGGGAGCUGCCAGGACUCGUUGUGCCCCGCUUCGCGGAGCGGUCAAGGGGUCCCUGGGGCUCGCGAAGCGAGCACAAACGGGUCCGGGCAGCGCCCGGCCGCCGGAGGCAGCAAAGGCACCAGAAAUUUGA